AUGGAUUACCAAGAAAAUGAAUAUUGGGACCAAUGGGGACAGUGUGUCACUUGCCAACUGUGUGGCCCUGGACAAGAGCUCUCCAAGGAUUGUGGUUAUGGAGAGGGUGGAGAUGUAUACUGCACAGCCUUCCCUCCAUGCAGAUACAAAAGUAGCUGGGGCCAUCAUAGAUGUCAGAGUUGCAUCACCUGUGCUGUCAUCAAUUGUGUUCAGAAGGCCAAUUGCACAGCUACCUCUAAUGCUGUCUGUGGGGACUGUCUUCCAAGGUUCUACCAAAAGACACGCAUUGGAGGCCUGCAGGACUGAGAGUGCAUCCCGUGCACAAAGCAGACCCCCACCUCUGAUGUUCAAUGUGCCUUCCAGUUGAGCUUAGUGAAGGCAGAUGUACCCACAGUGCCCCCUCAGGAGGCCACACUUGUACUGGUGAUCAGUCUGCUCAUGGUGUUUACCCUGGCAUUUCUAAGGCUCUUCUUCCUCUACUGCAAGCAGUUCUUCAACAGACAUUGCCAGGAUGUUACAGGAGGUUCACUGCAGUUUGAGGCUGACAAGUCAGCGAAGGAAGAAUCUCUCUUCCCUAUGCCACCUGGUCAAGAGGCCAAUCCUGAGUCCCCACUGAGUGAAAGCAUCUUUGAGACCCAGCCAUUUAACCCCAUCCUGGAUGAUGACCGCAGCUCAACUCGUGGCUUCCCCACCCAGGAAUCUUUUACCAUGGCCUCCUGCGCCUCAGAGAGACACUCUCACUGGGUCCACACUCCCAUCAAAUGCACAGAGUUGGACCUGCAAAAGUUUUCCAUAUCUGACUCCUAUACUGGAACUGAGACCUUGCGGGGGGACACAGCUGAAAGCUCUGGAGAAAGGCUGAAACUCAAUGUGCCUCUUGAAGUUCGCAGCCCUUAG